UCAUCGUCCUCUCGUCCACGCAACGCAACGCCUCGUGCUCGAUCGCCCCGGUUCCCUUCCCCCGCGAUCCCGAUCGACCCCUCUAGAUAGAGCAGCACGCGGCAGCGAUCAUCGGCGGCGGCGACGACGACACCCAUGGCGGCCGAGAGGCAGCAGGUCUCCGGCGGCGGCGGCGCGGCGCCGAUGUGCGCCAACGGCUGCGGCUUCUUCGGGAGCGCCGCGACCAAGAACAUGUGCUCCAAGUGCUACAAGGAACACGUGACGCAGACCGCCGCCGCCGUCGCCGCCGCUCCGCCUGCCGCCGAGUCCGUGCCGGCGGUGGAGGAGAGCGGCGGCUCAUCGGCGGGGGCGAAGGAGGAGCACGGGGCAGGGGCCUCCGGCGCCGAGGACUCCGCGCCGGCGCCCGUCAUGUGCGCGAACGGGUGCAGCUUCUUCGGCUCCGCGGCGACCAAGAACCUGUGCUCCAGCUGCUACAGGGACCUCCUCCUCAAGGCCGCCGUGGCCGAGAAGAUCGAGGCCGCGCCCGAGCAGCCGGCGCCUGAGGCCUCCGCCGCCGCCGCGGCCUCCUCUAGCGCGGCCGCGCCGCCGGUGCCGAAGCCGGCGCGGAGCAGGUGCGCGUCGUGCAACAAGAAGGUCGGGCUGCUGGGGUUCGUCUGCCGCUGCGGCGGCACCUUCUGCUCGCUGCACCGCUACAGCGACGAGCACCCCUGCGACUUCGACUUCAAGACGGCCGGCCGCGAGCAGAUCGCCAAGAAGAACCCGCUCGUCGUGGCGCCCAAGAUCAACAAGAUCUGAUGCAGACGGAGACGACGAAGAGUAGUCCGAGUCUCGGAUGGAGAUGAGUAGCUAGUACAAGGCUGGGUAGCUAGUCAUGAUAGGUUUUGCAUUGUUUUCUUAGCUCCCAUGUUCUAGAAGUUGAAACCAUUCUUUGUAGGCAAUCAAGUUUAGUUCUCGAUUAUUUCUUCCAAUAAACAUCGUCAAUGUAAAUAA